AUGGGCUGCACCGAUAGCCGAUCUGGCUUAAGUAAAGAAGAAAGAGCGAUCGUUGACAUGGAAGAGCUGCUUCACUACUACCAGAACAACUGCAAAGCUAUUGAUUUCUAUAUCCGCAAGUACUCAUACGCAGGGGAGAUUAAUCCAGAACAGUGGCGAGAUGUUGUAAAUCAUCUCAACCUCAAAGUAGAAAAUACUGCUCAAAACCCAAAAGUCGUCGAUUUUUACUCUUCAUUUAAAGGAAACGAAGGCAGGCUGCCUCAAAAGCCAAUGCUGAUACUUGGAAUUAUGCUAGGAUCUGGAGCUUCUAAGGAUAAAGCCAGACUUUUAUUUGAAACUCAGGAUGUCAGAAACUCUAAAAGUCUUUUAAAAACUGAUAUUCAUGAGCUCGUUGACCAAAUGGUAGACAUUGCAGUCAAUAGGCUACCUAAUCUAAUAGUUACUAACCCUCAAAUAAGUGAAGAAGAUAUCAGAAACUACGUUACUCAGCUGCACCAGUACAUUGACAAAGCCAAAGCUUUAAUAUCAAAAAAAUUCAUCGGUGAAGAAACAAAGGCUGAAGAAUCUACAGUUACAUUGGCGGCUUUUGAAAAAAACUUUAUUGAUGAGUCCAACGCAACACUUUUAACUCCUUAUGGGUUGAGAAUGUUUAUUUGGAGACUUAAGCCACUUGAAAUUAAGUCUAAAAAAACGAAGGAAGAAACAAAACGUGAAGCAGCCACUAAAACUGGGGAACAUAAAGAGAAAAAAGAUAAAAGCUCGUCAUCUUCGUCUUCAUCUUCAAGCAGUAGUUCUUCGGAUGAAGAAAAGCAUAAGAAAAAAGUAGAAAAGGCUGAACCAAAAGCUGAGGCUGCACCAACAGUUGAAGUUGCACCAAAAGUCGAAGAAAAACCAGCAGAAGCCCCAAUAAUUGAGAGCGUAGCAGCUUAA